UGGAUGUGCGUUACGGCCUGAGCAAGCAGUUGCUUCUCGAAACUCAUCUUGAUUCUGUUACUAAUAGAAAUGUCACAGAAAGAACUGUUUGUCACGGUUCUAAUUAACUAAUCAAUUAAUCACGUUUACUCUUCCACACUUCCAAUUUAAGCGCGUUUUGGAAUUGCUUCCUACGCAAUCUACCGUCUUCGUAUUUUGAACCAUAGAAUCGAUUCUACUGUAACACCGGCGAUUCAUAUUUAUCAAAAAAAUGGCGGAAGAAAUUAGGCAAAAUGACCGUCGCUUCAUCCUCCAAAUCUAGAAGCUUCUGGUCUUCACUCCGUUGGAUUCUCACUUCUACUGAUCACAUUCACAUCAUCGUCACCGAGAAACGCAUUCUCUCCAUUGUCAACGAUGAGCCGCGGUUUAUCAACACGGUUACUUUUGAUAGUAAACCUGAUUCGCCUAUGCUUGUUAUGGUUCAUGGAUAUGCUGCUUCCCAGGGUUUCUUCUUUCGGAAUUUUGAUGCUCUCGCUUCUCGUUUCGGAACCAUUGCUGUUGAUCAACUUGGUUGGGGUGGAUCAAGCAGGCCUAAUUUCACAUGCAGAAAUACUGAAGAAACUGAGGCAUGGUUCAUUGAUUCUUUUAAGGAAUGGAGAAAAGCCAAAAGUCUGAGCAAUUUCAUACUAUUUGGACAUUCUUUUGGUGGUUAUGUUGCUGCCAAAUAUGCGCGCUCAAGUUUGAAUAUAGCACCCUGAGCAUGUACAUCACUUAAUUUUGGUGGGACCAGUUGGAUUUACAUCAGAAUCAGAUGCAAAGACUGAUUUUAUUGAAAAGUUUCAAGCCACAUGGAAGGGAGCAAUUCUAAACCAUCUAUGAGAAUCUAAUUUUACUCCCAAAAAAUUGUCAGGUAAGACUAUUAUGUCCCAUUUUAUCAUCCUCCGAUAAGUUAGCAAUUUUUUUAAAUCAAACAGUUUAAGAUGCUUUGUGAUGUUUGUGUAUAAUUCUAUUUAUAAUGAAGCUUAGGUUCCUCAUAAUAUAUACCAUUAUCCAUUAUUAUAUGGGUUAUUGUACCUCCUUGGGAUUAGCUCAGUUUGUUGAAACUGUAGAGUCUCUAACUAUCUUAGGCCUCUGAAAACACAACUUUGUUAUUCAUGACCUUUUGAACUCUUCUAAAAGAUUCCCAAUUUCAAAAAAGUAAAAAGUGUCUGACACAAAUAGUAUAAAAACAUGUUGGUUGUCCGAACACACUUGCUGAUGUCUGCCCACUUUGCUUCAAGCGGCUUUGAGGACUUUCUGUUCCACGGUAAAAUCCCAUGUCCGCAAUCCUACAACUUGGGAAACCCAGGGAAGUCCACACAUACAUCUUUUCUUCAUACCCACUCGUUUCCUAGAUCAUUCAUUGACCUAAAUAUCAAUCCUCUUGUGGAUCGGUCAAGAAAUUUGCAGACAUUUAAAAUUAUGUUGAUUAUAUAUAUACACUGAGAUGUGUGCCAUGUUUUAAAAAUUAUAUUCAAAAUGAUAAACACAAAAUAAAUAAUCAAACUAUUUAAAAUAUAAAGAUGUUAGAAAAAACUAUAGGAAAUAUAAAGAUAACAAUAACUAUUCCACAUUGAUUACAUAUUUUUUGUUGUUUUUUGCAGACUCACAUUUUAAACUUAUUCUAUUGUUUUAUAAUUUGUUCAUUAUAGUUCCAAAGUCUCACAUCAAUGGAGUUCGGGGAUCUGUCGCAUCUCUAACUAGUAGUAUAAAACUAAUAAGGGUAAUUCUAAGAGCACAUGUUAAGAGUUAAAUAUGAAAAAAAAAAUUCUUUGAAAUUGUGCAUUGUUUUCAUUAAAAAUUGAUAAUAGGUUGUUUCUAGUCAAAGUAGAAAUUCUAUUUUCUAAUAAUUCUAGUUUAAUGCACCCAUACAUUUGACUCCUCUUACAUUUAUGACAUUUAUGACAAUUAUGAAGUCCCAUCUCUCAUUUCUGUACGUUGGGUAAUGCUAACUUGUGUCCCAAAGGCACAAGUUAAGAAACUCACUUAUAGAAAAUUUAUUUUGAUAAAAGUAAUAAAAAGUUAAUUUUAUACUUUCACUAAAAUUAGUGUACAAUUUCCAAAAUAUUCUUUCUUCAAUUAGUUCUUAACUUGUGCUCCUAGGACACAAGUUAGCAUUACCUUACAUCAAAACUAAAUUAUAUUUAUUGAUUAUCAAAUUUGACACUAAACCAACUUCAAUUAGGCCAGGUUCAUUAAUAAGGUGAGUAUUUAAUUACGUUUAUAAUUUAUCAAAGUUUCCUAGUUGUCUGGUGAACCCUAACAAAACUAUGAAGAAAACUCUAAAACUAAAACUAGAAAAAAAUUAAAAACUAAAUACGUUUUUUAUUUCAUUUGCAAAUGUUUCAAUGAGAGACUAGUGGAUGACAAACUAAAAACAAAUAACAAUACGAAUAAAUGUACUAUUUAUAUAGCUUAUAAAUAAACUUAAAUACCUAAAUAUAAUUUUAUACUCCAUCUUCCACGCAUUAAACCUCUCAACCAUCAAUGUUCUAUCCCUUCUAAUUCCUAUUGUUUUUUAAGCAUAUCAUUUUCUGAAACCUCUAGUUGUUGCUUCUCUUUCACAUCAGUCUCUUUAAUGUCCUUUGAGGAAUUCAAUUUCCAACUUUAAUGCAUGUUUAGCAUUCGGUCUUCUCUUUUGGUCAAGAAAAGCCAUGUGAAGUUCCUCUUUCUAUUUCUGACUCAUCAAACCAAAAGAGUCAUUAAAACUUAAUUAAAUAAUGUACAUAAAAGGAAAAUGAAAUUCAUACUUAUUUUCUUGGCAAAAACAUUAUUUUGCAAUCAACCUUUUUUACUUUGUUAUGGCCAUCUCAAUCCGUGGACAACAAGAUGAAAAAUUGAUUCAAUCAAUCUAAAGUUAUCAGCAUUGCUACCAUAAAUUAAAAUAAUUCAAAGAAAAGAAAUUAGAUUUCUCAUCGUAAUAUCAUCAUCUCUUUUAUGCUUCAGCUUGAGUUCGUCCCUUUGAACUACCAGCAUGUCUUGUUCAUGAUUCAUGACCACUUUUUCCAGAUUAAUGCCUCUAGCCUUCUGGAUGUUGUUUAUAUAUAAUGAAACAGUGUGAGACGAACUCAGCUACCACGAAAUAUUGAACAUUAUUUCGUCGAAUGAAAUGGAGAACAUGUAUGAAUGUUUCAACCAAAGCUUGUAGUAAUAUUUUGUCGUAGCUGAGUUUGUUUCACUUAGUUUCAUUAGAAAUAAACAACAUGCAGAAGGCUGAAGGCAUUAUUUAUCUGGAAAAAGUGGUCAGGAAUCAUGAAUAAACCAUGCUGGAACGGGUGGUUCGAAGGGACGAACUCAAUCUGAAACAUAAAAGAGAUGAUUAUAUUAUGAUGAGAAAUAUAAUUCCAUUUGUUCAGAUCUUUUAAUAUAUGAUAACAAUGCUGAUAACUUUAGAUUGAUUAAAUUUGUUAUUCAUCUAGUUGUCUAUAAAUUCAGAUGGCCAAAACAGAGAAUUACAUAAUGAUGCUUUUGGAAAAAAAUAUAAAGUAUGAAUUUUAUUUUCCUUUUAUCUAGAGUAUUUAAUUAAGUUACAUAUUUUUCUUUUAUGUGCGGUAUUUAAUUAAAUUUUGAGAACUCUUUUGGUUUGAAGUUGCAAAAUGAGAAAGAAACUUCACAUGACUCUUCUUGACCACCAGAGAAAACCGGAUUUUUAAACAUACAUUGAAGUUCGAAAUUGAAGUCCUUAAAGAAUCUUUUCAAGUAGAAAAUUAGAUUAAAGAGAUUGAUGUGAAAGAGGAGCAACAACUAGAGGUUUUAGAAAAGGAUCGGCUUAAAAAGCAACAGGAAUUAGAAGGGAUGGAACAUUGAUGGUUGAGAGGUGGUUUAGGGCAUGGAUGAUGAAGUAUAAAAUUAUAUUUAUGUAUUUAAGUUUAUUUGAUAAGUUAUAUAAAUAGUACUUUUUAUUUGUAUUGUUUUUUACUUUUAGUUUGUCAUCUACUAGUAACAUUAUAUAUUGUAGUGUUAUUGAAACAUUGCAAAUGAAAUGAAAAAUGUCUUUAGUUUCUUAGUUAGUUUUUAAUGUCUUUCUAGUUUUAGAGUUUUCUUCAUAGUUCUGUUACCAGACAAUUAUGAAACUUUGAUAAUUAUAAACGUAAUCAAAUACUCACCUUAUGAGCUAUCAGUGUUGCUUUCUUCGCUAUUAGAAAAUGCCGUGGGUCCCACUAAAAUCUAAUCUCUCUUCUCAACUUAUCUACAUUCUAAGCGGGAGAAAUUAUGCUUUUUUCUUGUACUUCUCUCUUCAAUGUUUCUCUCUUCACAACUUCUAUUAUAACAAAUACACCCUAAGGUUAUGUUUGGGAGUUUGGAGAGAAAGGGAGGGGAGGGCUUUGAAAAAUAGGAAAGAUUAGGGGAAAAGAAUAGAAAGAUUUUAGUUUAGAGGGUUUUGGAGGGUUUGGUUUUCUUCAUAACACCCCUUAAUUUGGGGGAACUCAAAAUUUAUAUUAAAGGAGAGUUUUGGAGGGUUUUGACAAAAUGUUCAAAUAUAAUUUUUGUUGUUAUAGUAUUUCAAAAAGUAAAAAUACACUACUGAUAAACAUUAUUUUAUCAUUUUAAGUAAAAUCUUUUUUUAAAAAAAUGUUAAAAAAUUCUCUAUAUUUUUAAAAAAAAUCAAUUUUCGAAGCCCUUCCUUCCCCUUCCUUCCAAACUCCCAAACAUGGCUUAAAGGUAUUAAGCACGCAUUACGAAAAAUAAGACAAACCUCAUCAUAAAAAUAAAUAAUAGAAUCAUGAGACAAAUAGACAAUAUAUAAGAAUAACACGAUAUUCUAUACUAUCGGUGACAAAUACUGACAUAACCAUCAAUAGAAAUAGUUAGAAUAAAUUUUUGAGCAUGCAUGACUUGCAAACAUCUAAAAUUUACUUUUUAUCUUGCAGUAAUGUUAAACUUAACUUUUUUCGUCAAAAAAUGUUAAACUUAACUUUUAUAUCCGAAACACUUUUAUUAAAAAGAAGCCAAAAACAUGUUAAGAGUUUAUGAAGAGGGACAGUGUCUUUCUAACAAAAUUGAUAAAGUCAAAAGUUUUUACAAGUAAAAUCAUCCACCCUCCAUUAAAAAUCAAAAAUUUAAAACUUAUUUGGGUAUAGAUUCAAUUUUUAUAAACCAAUUUAUAAUUUCCAAUGCUAGAUCUUGUCACAUCUACUAAAUAUACACUAGUAUCAAUCAAAAAUAAAAUCAAAUGAAGAUAGUAAUAUAAAUUGAAAGUGUGAAAAAAUAGUGAUUAAUAUUGAAAAUUUUGUGUAAAAAAAUUUGAUAAUUUUAUUUUGGUGAGUUCUUAUCUACCCAACUCAAAAAGUUGGGUAAAGUUACCUUCAAUGUAAAAUUUCUUGGAAACAACCGAAAAAUUAUAGUACUAUUUUAUAAUUAAUUAAAUGUGUUAAAAUUAAAUGGAACUUUAUGAUUGGUUGAAGGUAUACUACCAAACUUUUUGUGAUGGGUAGAGAAGUUGGUGGGCACAACUUUUUGUUAUACUAUUUUAUUUUACUAUUAUUUUUCCUCACCCAAGUCCUUGGUGGGCACAAUUUAUAAGAGAAACGGUUCCUCCCCCAAACACCCUCUACAAGUCAUCAUCAGACUCACCCUUGCCGAGGAAGACUCCACCUCUGACAAACUCUCUUUCAAUCUAUUCUCACUACUGCACCACAGUGUGUAUUGUGCUCUGUGUAAGUCUUCCUAUCGGUUUUGCUUUCAACAUUCAGCAACCAAUUUCACUCACUACAUGUACUUCACUCUUGCUCUUCCACUCACUGAUUGAUUGUAACUGCAACAUUUAGUUAAGAUUAUUGGAAUUUUUGUUUGUGUUUGGGAGUAUUUAUGCUGUGAUUUUCGUUGAGAUAGUUGGAUUAGGUUUAAGUUGGUUUAUUAUGUAUCUAUUGAUGUUCAUGCUCGGAUUAGGAUUGAGGUUGAGGCAUGGUUUUUAACUUUAGGGUUAAUAGUAGUUUACCCCCUGUAAUAUGAGCGUGUUUCGGUUUACCCCCACCGUUGCCAAAGACAGGUUUUGGCAACGGUUUUUUUGAAAAAACCGUUGCGAAAAGGUAGGGAGGGGGGAAAAGCAAAAUUCGCUAACAUUACAGGAGGGUGAAUUACUAUUAACCCUUAACUUUAUUAUGAUUGGUAAGUGGAAAAUUAUGGUUUGCAUGAGGUGUUUUUCGCAUUGGGAUAUUGAAGUAGGGGUUAAGGUUUUGUUGGAAAGCUAGGGUUGUGGUGAAAAUAUGGAUGGUGAAGAUAUGAUUUCUGGGAGUAAUAAUAAGAGGACUAAAGAGGUGGAGGAUGGUACCGAUUCCGAUGAUAAUGAGCUGAUAUUUAAACUAAGGAAGCCGCGUUGUGUGAUUUGCUUGGGGACGGAGGAGGAGAUAUGCGGUAAUGGAGGAGGCGAGAAUGCUGUUGGGGGAAUUUGUUGAUGUAGCACGGAAGGAUUUGGGAGGUAUGGAUGAUACCGUAGCUUGCUUUCGGAAGAGGUUGAAGGGUCCUAAGAGAGAUCGGGGUUCUAGAGAUGCGGGAGGGAAUGUGUCUACUUUGAAUGUGGCGGCGGACUCUUCUGAUGGGUCUUUGAACGUUUUAUGCCAGUAUGAAGGUUGGAUGAAUGAUCUUUGUUGAUUAAGGACGGUGUAUGUGAGGGGAGGGGUGGUGGGGAUAAUGGUUCUGAUUUGGAUAAGGAUAUGAAAGUAGAGGCACCUAAUGUGGAUUUGGCACUGAAGGGAAUCAAGGAUGGGGUGACAUGUCUGAAGGUGAUUUGGUUGCACAGGAGUUUAGAAAUACUCCAAAAGAUGAAAAAGGGGUUUGUGUUUUGCUUAAUGCUGGUCUGCAACACUCUUCUGAAGAAACAAUGGGAGAUUCUUUGCCGGAAAUGUUACGAACACCACAAUCUAGUUUUGUUAGCAAGUCUUGUACUGCUGUCAGUUCAGAGCAGAAAUGUGACAGUGGGGGCCAGAAUUUGGAUGACAGGUUGAGCCCUGACUCUAGAAGUGCCAGCAAAACUGCUGAUGGUAUUCACAAUUCAAACAUUCUUGACGGGCCAUUAGCUUAUCGCUGUUUUUCAGCCAACGUCUGCUAUGGAGGUAGCCAACCGUUGACCUGUGUAAGAUCUGAAGACAUUUGUUCUUCUUCUGACCAAAAGGCCACACUACAAGAAAUGAUUAUCAAUGAUGGUUUAAAGAAGUGUUCUGUCAUAUUGCAUGAAGUUGAAGAAAUCACUGACACCAUGUCUCUUCCUAAAAUGGGGGAAAGGGUGUCUCCAAUUAUUGAGGGUGAGCUGAAAAGAUUGACUGAUGACCAAGUAGAAUUGUGUAAUAUUCCUUCAAAAUGCAGAGAUUUUACUUCCAAGGACAAAGAAAAGUUUUCCCCUUGUGACUACGAGCCAUUGGCUAAAAUUAAAUCAUCCGAGAAUAUGCUGUGUGAAAAUAACCAUCAGGUUUCUGAAAAAGUAUUACAGGGAUCCUCAAGACAUGGAGUUAUGUGGUUCUUUGGAUGCCAACCAGAAUCAGAUAUAGGUGAUUUGCUGAAAAAAAUCUGCUGUUUCCGGUGGUUGUAUACAUCCUACGGAUUGAAAGCCCAUGAAGCUGGUCCGGUUGAGAAAAUAAGAUUUAAGGAAAUCUUAAAGCGUAAAAGGGGUCUCCAGGAAUAUUUAGAUUGCAGGAAAUGAAGAUAUUAAACUGUUGAGUGCACAUUGAAAUUAACAAUAAUGGCAAGAUCUAUUAUCAUUUUUGGUAUGCUGUUGUAAGUUUGGAGUAGGUUCAAUUUCUCCCAAUUUAUGGCCUACAAUGCAAUCUUAUAUAAAUAGUUAAACAUUAUCCAGAUCCUCUAUUGUAUCAGUCAAAGUGUGCUUCGACGGAGUCAGACUUGCAUUCUCACAAGCACUAGCAGGAUCAUAAUCUGCAGUUGCAGACAGUGGUUCCUGCAUUAAGAUUGAUAUCCAUUAGUAAUUAGAGUAUGUAACGAUAACUGAAAUGUGAACUUAAUGUGUUUGGAAAUGAAAAUACAAAACACAGGGUAGAAUGUUUGAUGUCAAUAUACUUCUAAUAGAUAUAGAAUAACUUGUAAGUUCCUCUUGUAAUGAAGGCUCAGAUGUUUGGAGUUUUGAUGUAUGCUAAAAAAGAAAAUAAAAUUCAGAUUAGGAUUGGUCUGAUAUUCAAUUUUUAUGAUUGAUAUUCUCAACCUAAUAAUUCAAAUCAGAUUACUUCUUCACAUUUGAAAUUGUCCCUUAUUUUCCUAUGCGAUUCUUCUUUGUCUCUGAAGCCAAUAACAGACAAUCUGCCGUACUUUGGCUAAAACACAACUCUAAUUGCCAACUCUUUUUUCAAUACUUGAUCAAGUGCAUAAGGAAAUUUCAGGGAGUUAUCUUCACCAGCAUGUAUUCUUACAAUACUCUAUUAACAAUUCAUUAACUAAAUAAUACGCGGUGAACAAAGAGAUUUUUCAACCAACUUCACACAACUGCUCACACAACUGCUGUUUCAAAUGACUAAUCUUUCCUUGAAUUUACAAUCCACAGCCAAAACCUCAAGUGUGUACCUAUAAACCUAUGUACAAAGGUUUUAUUAUUCAACACUAGUAUGAGACCCGUGCUCC